AUGGGUGCCGGCGGUGGUGGUGGUGGUGGUGGCUGGUACGCGGCCACGCUGGAGGUGAUGGACGGGCACUUCGUGGCGGGGUUUAUCGCGGGCGUGUGCACCACCCUGGCGGCGGUUCUCGUGCUCUCCCUGCUCGUGGUGGUCGUGCGUCGUCUGCUGGCCCUGCGCUCAAGGUCGUGGCCGGCAGGGCGCGCCACCGGCGGUGGCGGCGGGUAUCGACCCGUCGCCCGCCCAUUCGGCGAGGACGACGAGGCGCCCCUCUCCCGCGAACUCACCGACCUCACGACGCACCGCCACCAAUCGGGCAACAGUGGCAUCUUCGACGACAACGGCGACGACUACCGUCGGGGCAGCCAAGAACCGCACGAGCCCAAGCGCCAGCAGCGGGCCGAUAGAACAGACUCGCUUCCUUUCUGGGACCAGCUCUGUGAGCUGCCCGUCAUCGAGCCCGACCACUUUCAGCAGCUGUGGACCGACACCGACCUGCGAGAGAUCAUCGAACUACGCCUGCGGCCAGGGGUGGACGUGGAGAAGUUGUUGGCCCUCCACCGAGUUGCAUGCAUUGCCUCGGGUCAGGUGGGCAGCCAGAGCAAGUAUUACUUCUUUGCACAGAAGGGUGACCUGGGGUUCUUGGUCGAGCUCUUGGUAUCCUCUACCAGCCACGAGAUGACGGCCAAGGUCAAGUGCGAAGACGACGACGCUGCGCGCCUGUUUGUGCGCCACCUUCGGUCGCUGCUGCAGCGGUGA